AUGCGUUUACAAGACGACGGAAACCUUUUCGACUGCUUACACCGCUACACUAUGUUCGUCGGUGUUGUUUCGUGUCUUCAGCAUGUCCUAAUGGACGGCCUCCUAACCCUGCCUCUUCUGACGGACGUCUUCUAUCUCAUUUGCGCUCACUACGGCUGUUCCUCACGAAACUCCUACACGAGGGCGCAAGUGCAAAAGUUCUGGCAGAGCACCAGGAUCAGGACAUUUCUUCAAAUUUUCUCCAUGACUGUACUAUCUCUACUGCGUGUCAUCCUUCUAUCUCUACACGAAUCAGAAGUGGAUGACACUAUUGCUGUGUACUUGGCGUACAUCCAGUUGUCGAUCGCGUUCACUGACAACCUCAGUUUGUGCUGUGAAUUGGAGGAGACUCAGUACAGACGGAGGGAUUUCCGACGGCACGUACAGCGACAAGCCGCUGCUGCUGCUUGA